UUUUCACAGAACAAACCCCUCUUCCCCUAAGCCUUAACCAAUGAUUAAGCCAACUGUACAUCUACACGCCAUGCCUCUUCCCAGUACUUUCUCUCUCUGGAAACCCUAGCCUUGAGCAUGAAUUCUUGGAAUGGUUGAAUUCAUUAUUUUCGUUUCCUGGGAAAAUUUCGGAAAAUAUGGCGAUCGUGACGGGAGAUAGGUACCUGGAAUCGCUGGUGAAGUUCGUGGAGAAGCAGGCGGGGCCGUUGAUCGAAGGGAGUGUGGUGCUGAAACUCAACCCCGUGGGCCUUCACUAUGUGCAGUCGAGGCUCGAGGCGCUUCAUGAGUUGGAGAGUCUUCUCGCCGGUGCCCCGGUUGAUUAUCUCCGGGCCUACAUCUCCGACCUAGGCGACCACCGAGCGCUCGAGCAGCUUCGGCGGAUUCUGCGCCUGCUGACCUCGCUGAAGGUCGUGUCGGUGCUUCCGCCGUCGGUGAGGGAUCCGACGAGGCUGUCGUUGUUGCCGUUUGGGCGGUUGAGGGUUUUGGAGCUCCGCGGGUGCGAUCUCUCCACUUCUGCUGCUAGGGGGCUUCUUGAAUUGAGGCACACGUUGGAGAAGAUCAUUUGCCACAAUUCUACUGAUGCUCUUCGGCAUUUGUUUGCAAGUAGAAUUGUGGCAAUAAAGGACUCACCACAGUGGAAACGAUUGUCAUUUGUUUCAUGUGCUUGUAAUGGCUUGCUUCUCAUGGAUGAGUCUUUGCAACUUCUUCCUGCUGUUGAAACUCUUGAUCUAAGCAGAAACAAGUUUUCAAAGGUUGAUAAUCUACGGAAGUGUACAAAAUUAAAGCACCUGGAUCUUGGGUUCAAUCACCUGAGAACAAUAUCAUCAUUUAGUGAGGUCUCUUGUCAUAUUGUUAAACUUGUUAUGAGGAACAAUGCUCUAACUACGUUGCGUGGGAUUGAGAAUUUGAAGUCACUUGAAGACCUUGAUCUUUCCUACAAUGUUAUUUCCAAUUUUUCAGAGAUUGAGAUCCUUGCUGGCCUUCCAUCUCUACGGCGCUUGUGGUUAGAAGGAAAUCCAAUAUGUUGUGCCAGAUGGUAUCGACCACAAGUAUUCAGUUUUUUUGCUCAUCCAGAUAAAGUGAAAUUAGAUGAAAUGGAAAUCAGCACAAGAGAGUUUUGGAAGAGGCAAAUUAUUAUUGCCAGUAGGCAGAAACGGCCUGCUAGCUUUGGAUUCUAUUAUCCUGCGAGAGAUGAUGCUGGAGAAGGGGGUAUAAGCACAAAAAGGAAAAAGCUAUCUCGACUUGCUUGUAUUGAGACUGAAGGGAGCAUGUAUAUAUGCUCUGACCAAGAUUCAGUGUCAUGUGAUAAUGAGGUCAGAAGUAAAGAGGAUAAUGCCAUUUCUGAUGAUGAAGCCGAAAUAGUUGAUUUGAUGAAAAGAGUUGAGCUCAUGAAGAAGGAGCGUUCCGUUCUUUGGUUGCGGGAGUUUAAGGAGUGGAUGGAUCUGGCUUCUGACAGUUUUGCAGAAGGCAAUAAAUAUGGGUCUGUCUUGGAUUCUGGUACAGAAAAUUAUAUGAGAAAGAAAGCUGGUCAAAGGCAUCUUGGUGAAAGCUCAAGAUAUGUCUCAGACUCUGUUCAAGCUUCAGGAGAUGAAAGUGGCACGGACAUAUUGGAAUCUAAUAACUCCUUUGCAGAUAUCUCCAUAGGUUUGGUUCCUCAAUACGUUGAUCGUAGUGGUGAAUCAGGUUCUAUGUUUGCAUUGAGGGACACUGGUGUGGAUGCUAUACAGGAUCAAUCAAAAUCUUAUUCACAUGAACGGAUUAAUUGUGUGCCUGUGAAAGCUAAAGACUCACAUCUUAAUGCCCUUACCGCUCAAGGUAGUAAUAGGAUGGUUCCAGAUGUCAGUGUCACACCAUUGACUGUGAUUGAUGAUAUCGUGGAGUCUCAUUUGUCCUCUGAUUGCCCCGGAUCACCUCCGCAUUAUCAAGAGGACCUUCUGCAUCGCCGCCACAUCUUAGUUGAAGAUAUUUUGCAGCUAUCUGCUGAAUCCUAUUCAGUGGCAUCAUCUGAUAGCAAUACAAGUGACAGCAAUGAUCUCUGUGAAGUUGAAUCAUCCGUAUCUGAAGUUGAGCAAUCAGUAAAUGAAGAAAUUUCCAAUAGGAGUGUGGGGCACUCGUUGACCACUUUUUUUGGUAACAUUUAUUAUGAACAAAGACACCAAAUUCCACUGGUAAGAGAAAAUGGGAGAUAUUUAUUAGAUUCACAUGCUGGACAAGCCUCUGCUACUCUGAAACUUUUAAAACCGGAGCAAUCUCUGCAAUUGUGCAGUAAUGAUUUUUGUGCUGGUGCUCAUGAUGGUGAAAUUGCUAGUCUUUCAAACGAAGAAGCUGAUUGGUUGGACAAGAAAAAGUGCAAAAGGAAGCCAAGAAGAAUUGUUUCAGUAUCACAGAAUAAUAUGGUUGGGAGGGCAGAAGACUCACAAACAUUAGUUGCAAUCCAGAUUUUUGUGGAGGUGAUAUGGAAGAUGAACAAGGAGAACAGAUUUUUGGUUGGAAUUUUUGGGACAGAUUUGUUGAUGGGGAACAGACUUGUGCAAGUGCAACUAUAACCCCACUUAUUGAUGAUGCUGGUAGAAUCCUUUCUGGAUUGAGAGGGCCAACUACUGGGGCUGAUGAUUUCAUUAAGAACUAUUUCAAU